AUGGGACAAGAAGAAAGCCACAACGAGGAGAUGGACUUGGCUCAGAUUCAGGAGCUGUGCAUCAUUUUCAUGAAGGAGUGUCCGAGCGGAGCCCUGCACCUCCAUGAGUUAAAGAGGAUCUUUGGGGUACCGAGCAGCUCUGCAGAGGAGUCCCUCUAUGUCGAGACAAUAUUCCACUCAUUUGACACUAACCAGGAUAAUGCUCUUGAUUUCCUCGAGUAUGUAGCAGCACUUCACCUGAUCUUUCGAGGGAAUCUUGAAGAUCGGCUCAAAUGGUCCUUCAAGAUGUAUGACAAGGAUGGAAACGGGAAGUUGGACAGGCAGGAGGUGAAACGCAUCAUAAGGAUUAUCUAUAAAAUAAAACUCAGGACAAGUGACAUCAGCAUGACCCCGACUGAAAUCUGUGACAGAAUCUUUGAGUUGGUCGACCAGAAUAACGAUGGUCAGAUAACUUUAUCAGAGUUCAUGGAGGGAGCUCAAAAGGAUGAAUGGGUCAUGAACAUGCUCAAGUUGGAUUUCAACGCCACCGGCUGGGUCAUCCAGAACAGUGGGAAGUUACCAUGA